GUUACAGUGAAUAAACAUCUGAUUUUUAAACUCAAUGUCUAGACUGAGCUUCUUCAGACCCAAGUGGUGGCUGUUUUUUCACCUCCCUCUUCCUGCUUUCUCCCAGGAGACCAGGAUUGCUCACGCUUCUGCACACAGUGGUAGUGCAAUUAACCUCCUAUCUCCCUUCAGCAGCAGUGGGGAGAUGUUGAAGUUCAAGUAUGGAGCACGGAAUCCGCUGGAUGCCGGAGCUGCUGAACCCAUUGCCAGCAGGGCCUCCAGGCUGAAUCUUUUCUUCCAGGGGAAACCACCCUUCAUGACUCAACAACAGAUGUCUCCUCUUUCCCGAGAAGGGAUAUUAGAUGCCCUCUUUGUUCUCUUUAAAGAAUGCAGUCAGCCGGCUCUGAUGAAGAUUAAGCACGUGAGCAGCUUCGUCCAGAAGUAUGCUGAUGUCAUAGCUGAGUUGCAGGAGCUCCAGCCUUCAGCAAAGGACUUCGAAGUGAGAAGUCUCGUGGGUUGCGGUCACUUUGCCGAAGUGCAAGUGGUCCGAGAGAGGGCGACCGGGGACAUCUAUGCCAUGAAAGUCAUGAAGAAGAAGGCCUUGUUGGCCCAGGAGCAGGUUUCAUUUUUUGAGGAAGAACAGAACAUCUUAUCCCGGAGCACAAGCCCUUGGAUCCCCCAGUUACAGUAUGCCUUUCAGGACAAACAUAACCUUUAUCUGGUCAUGGAAUAUCAGCCUGGAGGGGAUUUGCUGUCGCUUUUGAAUAGAUAUGAGGACCAAUUAGAUGAAAAUAUGAUACAGUUUUACCUAGCUGAAAUGAUUUUGGCUGUUCACAGUGUUCAUCAGAUGGGAUAUGUACAUCGAGACAUCAAGCCUGAGAACAUUCUCAUCGACCGAACGGGACACAUCAAGCUGGUGGACUUUGGAUCAGCUGCUAAGAUGAACUCAAAUAAGAUGGUGAAUGCCAAACUCCCGGUUGGGACCCCAGAUUACAUGGCCCCUGAAGUGCUGACUGUGAUGAAUGGGGAUGGAAAAGGUGCCUAUGGCCUAGACUGUGAUUGGUGGUCAGUGGGAGUUAUUGCUUAUGAGAUGGUUUAUGGAAGGUCCCCAUUCACUGAGGGAACCUCAGCCAGAACCUUCAAUAACAUCAUGAAUUUCCAGCGGUUUUUGAAGUUUCCAGAUGACCCCAAAGUUAGCAGUGAAUUGCUUGAUCUGAUCCAAAGUUUAUUGUGUGGCCAGAAAGAGAGACUGAAGUUUGAAGGCCUUUGCUGUCAUCCUUUCUUCUCUAAAAUCGACUGGAAUAACAUUCGUAACUCUCCUCCCCCCUUCGUUCCCACCCUCAAGUCUGAUGAUGACACCUCCAAUUUUGAUGAACCAGAGAAGAAUUCGUGGGUUUCAUCCUCUCCGUGCCAGCUGAACCCCUCGGGUUUCUCGGGCGAAGAACUGCCGUUUGUGGGGUUUUCCUAUAGCAAGGCACUGGGAAUUCUUGGUAGAUCUGAGUCUGUUGUGUCAAGUCUGGACUCCCCUGCCAAGACUAGCUCCAUGGAAAAGAAACUUCUCAUCAAAAGCAAAGAGCUGCAAGACUCCCAGGACAAGUGUCACAAGAUGGAGCAGGAAAUGACCCGGUUACAUCGGAGAGUGUCAGAGGUGGAGGCUGUGCUUAGUCAGAAGGAGGUGGAGCUGAAGGCCUCUGAGACUCAGAGAUCCCUCCUGGAGCAGGACCUUGCUACCUACAUCACAGAAUGCAGUAGCUUAAAGCGAAGUUUGGAGCAAGCUCGGAUGGAGGUGUCCCAGGAGGACGACAAAGCACUGCAGCUUCUCCACGAUAUCAGAGAGCAGAGCCGGAAGCUCCAAGAAAUCAAAGAGCAGGAGUACCAGGCUCAAGUGGAAGAAAUGAGGUUGAUGAUGAAUCAGUUGGAAGAGGACCUCGUUUCUGCAAGAAGACGGAGUGAUCUCUACGAAUCGGAGCUGAGAGAGUCCCGGCUGGCGGCUGAAGAGUUCAAGCGCAAAGCGACGGAAUGCCAGCAUAAACUGAUGAAGGCUAAAGAUCAAGGGAAGCCUGAAGUGGGAGAAUAUUCCAAACUGGAAAAGAUCAAUGCAGAGCAGCAGCUAAAAAUUCAAGAGCUCCAAGAGAAGCUGGAAAAGGCCGUGAAAGCCAGCACUGAGGCCACUGAGCUACUGCAGAACAUCCGCCAGGCAAAGGAACGGGCGGAGCGAGAGCUGGAGAAGCUGCAUAACCGCGAGGACUCGUCCGAAGGCAUCAGAAAGAAGCUGGUGGAAGCCGAGGAACGCCGCCAUUCUCUGGAGAACAAGGUAAAGAGGCUAGAGACCAUGGAGCGUAGAGAAAACAGACUGAAGGAUGACAUCCAGACAAAGUCCCAACAGAUCCAGCAGAUGGCUGAUAAAAUUCUGGAGCUGGAGGAGAAGCACCGGGAAGCUCAGGUCUCAGCCCAGCACCUGGAGGUGCACCUGAAACAGAAAGAACAGCACUAUGAGGAAAAAAUUAAAGUGUUGGACAACCAGAUAAAGAAAGACCUCGCCGAUAAGGAGACUCUGGAGAAUCUGAUGCAGAGACACGAAGAGGAGGCCCACGAGAAGGGCAAAAUUCUCAGCGAGCAGAAGGCGAUGAUCAAUGCCAUGGAUUCCAAGAUCAGAUCCCUGGAGCAGAGGAUAGUGGAAUUGUCAGAAGCCAAUAAACUGGCAGCCAACAGCAGCCUCUUUACCCAGAGGAACAUGAAGGCCCAGGAAGAGAUGAUCUCAGAACUCAGGCAACAGAAGUUUUACCUGGAGACGCAAGCUGGGAAGUUGGAGGCCCAGAACCGGAAGCUGGAGGAGCAGCUGGAAAAAAUCAGCCACCAGGACCACAGCGACAAGAACCGCCUGCUGGAGCUGGAGACCCGGCUGAGGGAGGUCAGUCUGGAGCAUGAAGAGCAGAAGCUGGAGCUCAAGCGCCAGCUCACAGAGCUGCAGCUCUCCCUGCAAGAACGUGAGUCCCAGCUGACAGCCCUACAGGCAGCCCGGGCAGCCCUGGAGAGCCAGCUACGCCAGGCAAAGACAGAGCUGGAAGAGACAACAGCGGAAGCAGAAGAAGAGAUCCAGGCGCUCACGGCACAUAGAGAUGAAAUCCAGCGCAAAUUUGAUGCCCUUCGUAACAGCUGUACUGUAAUCACAGACCUGGAGGAGCAGCUCAACCAGCUGACGGAGGACAAUGCCGAGCUCAACAACCAAAACUUCUACUUGUCCAAACAACUCGACGAGGCCUCGGGUGCCAACGACGAGAUUGUACAGCUGAGAAGUGAAGUGGACCAUCUCCGCCGCGAGAUCACAGAGAGGGAAAUGCAGCUCACCAGCCAGAAGCAAACGAUGGAAGCUCUGAAGACCACGUGCACGAUGCUGGAGGAGCAGGUCAUGGAUCUGGAGGCCCUGAACGAUGAGCUGCUGGAGAAGGAGAGGCAGUGGGAGGCAUGGAGGAGCGUUCUUGGUGACGAGAAGUCCCAGUUUGAGUGUCGGGUUCGAGAGCUGCAGAGGAUGCUGGACACUGAGAAGCAGAGCAGGGCGAGGGCUGAUCAGCGGAUCACCGAGUCUCGCCAGGUGGUGGAGCUGGCAGUCAAGGAGCACAAGGCCGAGAUUCUGGCCCUGCAGCAGGCUCUCAAGGAACAGAAGCUGAAAGCUGAGAGCCUCUCCGACAAGCUCAAUGACCUGGAGAAGAAGCACGCCAUGCUUGAAAUGAAUGCCCGAAGUUUACAGCAGAAGCUGGAGACGGAACGAGAGCUCAAACAAAGGCUUCUGGAAGAGCAAGCCAAACUGCAGCAGCAGAUGGACCUGCAGAAGAAUCAUAUUUUCCGUCUGACCCAAGGGCUGCAAGAAGCUCUUGAUCGGGCUGACCUGCUGAAGACAGAAAGGAGUGAUCUGGAAUAUCAGCUAGAAAACAUCCAGGUUCUCUAUUCUCAUGAAAAGGUGAAAAUGGAAGGCACUAUUUCUCAACAAACCAAACUCAUCGAUUUUCUGCAAGCCAAAAUGGACCAACCUGCUAAGAAGAAAAAGGGUUUAUUUAGUCGACGGAAAGAGGACCCUGCUUUGCCCACACAGGUUCCUCUGCAGUACAAUGAGCUGAAGGUGGCUCUGGAGAAGGAGAAAGCUCGCUGUGCGGAGCUCGAGGAAGCCCUGCAGAAGACACGCAUCGAGCUCCGCUCCGCCCGAGAGGAAGCUGCCCACCGAAAGGCCACGGACCACCCGCACCCGUCCACUCCGGCCACCGCCAGGCAGCAGAUCGCCAUGUCCGCCAUCGUGCGCUCCCCUGAGCACCAGCCCAGCGCCAUGAGCCUGCUCGCCCCGCCGUCCAGCCGCAGAAAGGAGUCCUCGACUCCAGAGGAGUUCAGUCGGCGACUCAAGGAGCGCAUGCACCACAACAUUCCUCACCGAUUCAAUGUAGGACUGAACAUGCGAGCCACAAAGUGUGCUGUGUGUCUGGAUACCGUGCACUUCGGACGCCAGGCAUCCAAGUGCCUCGAAUGUCAGGUCAUGUGUCACCCCAAGUGCUCCACGUGCUUGCCAGCUACCUGUGGCCUGCCAGCCGAAUAUGCCACGCACUUCACCGAGGCCUUCUGCCGUGACAAAAUGAACUCCCCAGGUCUCCAGGCCAAGGAGCCCAGCAACAGCUUGCACCUGGAAGGGUGGAUGAAGGUGCCCAGGAAUAACAAACGAGGGCAGCAGGGCUGGGACAGGAAGUACAUCGUCCUGGAGGGCUCGAAAGUCCUCAUUUACGACAGCGAAGCCAGAGAAGCUGGACAGAGGCCGGUGGAAGAAUUUGAGCUAUGCCUUCCCGAUGGGGACGUGUCUAUUCAUGGCGCCGUUGGUGCUUCUGAACUUGCCAAUACAGCCAAAGCAGAUGUCCCAUACGUACUGAAGAUGGAGUCUCACCCGCACACCACCUGCUGGCCCGGGAGAACCCUCUACUUGCUAGCGCCCAGCUUUCCUGACAAACAGCGCUGGGUCACCGCCUUAGAAUCGGUUGUCGCAGGUGGGAGAGUGUCUAGGGAAAAGGCAGAAGCUGAUGCUAAAUUGCUUGGAAACUCACUGCUGAAACUGGAAGGCGAUGACCGUCUGGACAUGAACUGCACGCUGCCCUUCAGUGACCAGGUGGUGCUGGUGGGCACAGAGGAGGGGCUCUACGCGCUGAAUGUCUUGAAAAACUCCCUCACCCACGUCCCCGGAAUCGGCGCAGUCUUCCAAAUUUAUAUCAUCAAGGACCUAGAGAAGCUCCUCAUGAUAGCAGGAGAGGAACGGGCCCUGUGUCUCGUGGACGUGAAGAAAGUGAAACAGUCCCUGGCACAGUCUCACCUUCCCGCCCAGCCAGACAUCUCGCCCAACAUCUUCGAAGCUGUCAAGGGCUGCCACUUGUUUGCUGCUGGCAAGAUUGAGAGCGGGCUCUGCAUCUGCGCAGCCAUGCCCAACAAAGUUGUCAUUCUCCGCUACAACGAAAACCUCAGCAAGUACUGCAUUCGGAAAGAGAUCGAGACCUCGGAGCCCUGCAGCUGCAUCCACUUCACCAACUACAGUAUCCUCAUCGGAACCAAUAAAUUCUACGAGAUUGACAUGAAGCAGUAUACCCUCGAGGAAUUCCUGGAUAAGAAUGACCACUCCUUGGCACCUGCCGUGUUUGCCUCCUCUUCCAACAGUUUCCCCGUGUCCAUCAUGCAGGUCAACGGCCCAGGGCAGCGGGAGGAGUUCCUGCUCUGCUUCCAUGAAUUCGGGGUGUUCGUGGAUUCUUAUGGAAGACGGAGCCGCACAGACGAUCUCAAGUGGAGUCGCUUACCUUUGGCCUUUGCCUACAGAGAACCCUAUCUGUUUGUGACCCACUUCAACUCACUCGAAGUAAUUGAGAUCCAGGCACGCUCCUCUCUGGGGACCCCUGCCCGAGCAUAUCUGGAAAUCCCGAACCCACGCUACCUGGGCCCUGCAAUUUCCUCAGGAGCGAUUUACCUGGCAUCCUCGUACCAGGAUAAAUUAAGGAUCAUUUGCUGCAAAGGAAACCUCGUGAAGGAGUCUGGCACUGACCACCACCGGGGCCCGUCCACCUCCCGCAGCAGCCCUAACAAGCGAGGCCCGCCGACCUACAACGAGCACAUCACCAAGCGUGUGGCCUCCAGCCCGGCGCCCCCCGAAGGCCCCAGCCACCCAAGAGAGCCAAGCACACCCCACCGCUAUCGCGAGGGGCGGACAGAGCUGCGCAGGGACAAGUCCCCGGGCCGCCCCUUGGAGCGGGAGAAGUCCCCAGGCCGGAUGCUCAGCACGCGGCGGGAGCGCUCCCCGGGACGGCUGUUCGAGGACAGCAGCAGGGGCCGGCUGCCUGUGGGGGCUGUGAGGACCCCAUUGUCCCAGGUCAACAAGGUCUGGGACCAGUCUUCAGUAUAAAUCUCAGCCAGAAAAACCAACUCCUCAUCUUAACCUGCAGGAAAACGCCAAACAUACUAUGGAACUCGGUUGACGGGGACCCCGGCGCCGAUCUGCUCAGCCAGCCCAUGGCGCGAGGGGGGCACCAGCGCCACCUCAGCGCGGACACCCUGUGGCCGGGAGGGGCAGGGGGCUGAGGCUUGCCUUCCUGCAGUCAUCCUCUUUGCACUUUGUUACUCUUUCAAAGCAUUCAUAAACUUUUGUACCUAGCUUGAACCUGUACCAGUUCAUCAAAGGAAACCAACCGGGGGCUAACUACAGUGUGGUUAGAAUCCUAAUUAAUAGCUACUUUAAGAUCCUAGGGUUGGUUGGAUUUUUUGUUAUUUUGGGGGGUUUUUUGUUUUUAAAAACAACAGAAUUCUUAAUAGAUUUGAAUAGCACUGUAUUUCCCAUCAUAGUCAUUUUUAGCUAGGUUACACCAUCAGGUCUUUGCUACUGAAAAGUAUGGUUGAAGAGCCCCUGCCGAUUGGCGAACCUCCUGCGCUCACGUAAUGUCCAUCUCAUUCCCGUCCAUCCUCGCGGAUGGCCCUGUUUCACCCAGGGUAACAUCUUAGCCAAAUGUUUACCGUUCUCAUUGCCUCUUAUGGCCUUGACAAUUUCCCCUCCCACCAGCUGAGAAUGUAUGGAGGUCAUCGGGCCUCAGCUCGGAGGCAGUGACUUGGGGCCAAGGGACCGUGAGGAGCUUUCCUCCCCAGCCUGCCGUCCCUGCUUCCCAUGUAGCUUUGGCCAGGAAAGCAUGAUAGACUCGCUCUGAGCCUAGCACCCAUGGGUCUCCGGGUCCGGGGGACCGGGGUCACCCAGCUCCUGUUCCCUGCCCCCUCCCCAGGAUGGAAGAGACCCCGGGAGUCCUGCAUGGCGGUUCACUGCAUGUGCUGCCCCGCACUUUGGGCUGCUCUGCCGCUGUCCUACUUCCAUCCCAUAGCUCCUGCCGAACCGAGACCCUCUGACCACUUGCCAGCUCACUGGCCACAAGCUGCAGUGUAGCACUGAAGAGAACCACCCAACGCUCAAGCCUUAUGACCAGAGAAGGACUUCAGCAACCACCACCUCCCUCUCGCACGCUUCCCUGCCGACUCCCCACAGAUGGCUCUGUUCCUACGCAGCCUGGCGGGUCUACCCCACGGAAACUGUGACGUCCCCAACAAGCCUCCCCUAGGCCUAGACUAAGACCAGACAUUGGAGAAAGAAGCCGCUGCUCAGCUCUCCCGGCUGGGCCACCCUCCCAGGUGCAGCGCGGCCCUCACUGCUUCCCUCUGUCCUCAGCAGCACCAUGGGCCCAGCAGCUGGGAAAGAACCAACCCGAGGCUUUGCAGUUGGCAAGCUACCUAGCGGCCUUACUUCUGCCUUUAAUCUCCUUCAAGGCCUCUCUUGCUUCUUGGGCUCCACUGAGGCGCAUCCUAGGUAGGCUGACAGGUAGACCUGUUCCCACCACAGCAGGUGAACGUGGCCACACGUCCAACCCCCCGUGUCCACCGUUCGGAUCACUUUCCAGAUUGCCACCUGGCCCGAGUCCUGGCUCCUUCCUGCUCGUCCUCUUAACCUAAGUGCUUUCUUGUUGGAAAUGCCCAUGCCCCUUCACCCGUGUCAUGCUGUGUGUUUCAUGCGUUGCUUGGUCUUUGGGUCACACUGCAUCCCCUCCCUUCUCCAGGGCAGAUCUGACUGAAUGUUUGCUGAAGUUUUUUCUGUCUCUUGGUCCACAAGUAUUUGGAAAGGUCACUAAAAAUUGGUGUUUCAGUCUUGGCAUUUCAUUUAGGAUCUCCAUGAGAAAGGGGCUUCUUGGCCCUGAAAGUGUAUAUUGUGUGUCUCAUUUGUGAAAUGCUUCCUGCUCUAGAACUAGCUCAAAGACUGUACAUAUUUACAAGAAACUUUAUAUUCGUAAAAAAAAAAAAAAAAGGAAAUUGAAUUGGUUUCUACUUUUUUAUCGUAAAAGGUGCAUUUUUCAACACUUACUUUUGGUUUCAAUGGUGGUAGUAGUGGACAGCCAUCUUCACUGGAGGGUGGGGAGCUCCGUGUGACCACCGAGAUGCCAGCAGGAAAUAUCCGAACAUGAAAUUGCAGUCAAAAGCUUCUUAGCAUCAAUAAAAUUCUAGGUCUCCAAAAGUACAGGCUUUUUCUUCAUUACCUUUUUUAUUCGGAAUGAGGAAAAGAACACCAGAAACGAGUCAAGAUCCACCUCGAGAGGAAUGAACUUUGUUGAACAAAUAGCAAAAUAAAGCAAUGAUCUAAAAGUG